AUGGCCGAUAGUGUGAAGUGGAGUAGUGACCAACUUGUUACUUUCCUGGAAAUUUACAGAAAGCAUGAGUGUUUGUGGGACAUUAGGUCACCUGAAUAUCUAAAACGCGACUCGAAGCAACAGGCGUUUGCCAAAUUGCUUGAUGAACUCAGACUUAAUGGAAUAAUAGUGACUGAAGAUGUGCUGAAGAAAAAAAUUAAAAACUUACGUGAUGCAUAUCGUAACGAACUGAUCAAAGUAAAGAAGUCGAAGAAGAGUGGUGCCGGGGCAAGUGAGGUGUAUAAACCUAAGUUGGUUUGGUUUGUUGCAGCAGACGCUUUCUGGAAUAGCGUGUUAUCCGGGAGGCAAUCAUCUUCAAGUAUGGAUUGGGACACUCAGAGUGUAGCCGAAGACGACAAUGCAGGGGAUGAACCGGAAAACGUAGAUGGUUUGUUAAUAGAGCAGACUGCAACCGCAACAUCAACCGCAGCACCUGCGCCUGUUCUACCUGUAAAAAGGAUUGCAAGUAGCAUGCCACCACCCGGUCUUCGUAAAAAACCUUUCAAGCCAGGCAGUAACUCAAAGUACCCGACCCGCUUUGAAUCCUCCGUAGAUAAGCUGGAAAACAUAGCCAUGAUGGUAUCGCCGCAGGAAACUGAAACCGUUACAGAUGACCAGUAUUAUGACAGAUUCGCUAAGCACGUUGGAUCUCAGUUAAGAGAAUUACCUCUGAGGAGUUUUGUUCUUUUGCAACAGGAAAUACAAAACUUAAUUACUAGAGAAAGACUGAAUCAAAUCGACUUUACAAAUCAGUUCACGCCCUCGCCUGCUGAAUCUUCAAGUAGUUGUGAUGUUUAUAGUCCGUUACAGAUUCAGCCGUAUGACAACUCGAACACAUCCGGACUAGACCUCGUGCAGAAAGCACUUUUAGAGAUUGGCGAAAUGCCAAAACCGUGA